UGAAAACAUAUUUUAAAAAAUAAGCAGAAAUUAGUCAAAUUUUUAUUGUGAAAAAAUUGUUUAAUAUGUUAUCCAACGAGUCAAUGAAGCGAGGCAUAAAACGGUAAACAAAUCAACAUAUGUUUUUAUGGGUAAAAAGUUAGAGUUGGUAGUAUUGGUGUGACAUAACCCCUGUGAGAAGAAAUCGCACAAAAUAUUCGAAAGAUAUAUACAAUGUUGAAAAAGAUUAGUCCACUUGUACCACGUCUGCUCUGCUAUAGCCCAGCAGCUAGUGUAAAUAAAUCGGCAACACGAAACUAUAGCGAUGGACGCAGUGUUUUCGAACCCGACUACUUGGAGUCCCUAAAGCCCAAGUUUCCACAAUAUUCCUGUCUUAAUGUACAAAUUAAAGGUUAUGAUUUCCCAAUACUAGAAAGCUACCAACGUUAUCUGCACAGUGUUGCGGAAUACCUGGAUAUCGAUGUUUCCGAUUGUUACGCGCUGCCUCCCCAAGCCACCCAGGUACAAAGAUUACGACCCAACUCUGCUGUUGUCGAGGCCGAGUACCGAUUGACUGUAUAUGAAAGAAAUCUACAAAUAAACGAUGUUGAUGCACCUGUAUAUCCGGUCUUUUUGCGCAUCGCACAAGCUGCGUUGCCGGAAGGUGUGCACUUGUGUGUUCAAGAACACUCAGAUGAGUUUGAGGAACGCCGAUAUGUGCCUGAUCGUGAUUUGUUAGAUUUAAAAGCAGAAUUGGAACGUAUGCAAUCAGGCGGUCUUGGUGGCCCUAAAAAGAAGUAAACACAGAAAUUACUUUUUCGUUUUUAUAUUUCUAUGCCAUGAUUAAAAUUGCAUACGUAUUUGUGGAAAUUAAUUUACAGUGAAUAAUUGUAAUAAAAGGUUGAAAACUAAAUGGAAUGUA